AUGUCAUCUGUUGAUCGCAAGGCAGUUGAGAAGAUGAUCAAUGAUGUUGGCGUAGACAUUGAUGAUGAACCCUACACAGCUCCACCAGGUGAAGAAGGCUUUGACAUCAGCCACGAGGGUGGCGAAUAUGAAGCUUUUGAAGCUCUCCCUACGCCUGCCCCCGCUCUGCUAAACUCCCCGCGCGGCGGUGCGCCGCCUGCGCCUAGAAAGACAGCGGUCUGGACCGCUAUGACCCCGCCCCCUGGCGCUAUGACCCCGCCCCUGGCCUAG